AUGGAUCCACCACAACCACCGCCGCCAAAACCCCCCUCUGACUCCAGAAUCAGGAAGCCUUUGCGCAAGCGCCAAAAGAACACCAUCAAGCCCACCAUUUUCGACGUUCCUCGCGCCCGCAAUUGUGGCGCCGACAACUCCUUUCUCAGCACCGAGACCACGGGUAUGAUGGACUACACCUGCGGAGGUUCCAGCACUGAAGAAGAAGACAUGACAGAAAUAGAGAAUGAGUACCGCAACCGCAUGACGACCGACAAUACAGACCGCCCCGCCGAGACGAUUUUUGGCAAAGGCGUCAAAGUGUGGAAAUCCUUCAGCGGCAGCGGGCGCAUCUACGCGGACCUGGAAGACCAUAUCAAGAAGCAGCAGCGCGAAAAGCUCCUUUGGAAAGACGAGAAGCAGAAGUUGGGGAUGGGCGCGGGCGGUAAGCGGAAGCGUGGCGAGAAGAUGACGAAUGAGGGGGUGUCGGGGUUGCCUGUGAAGUACGCCCGUGAGAUGGAUUAUUCGAUGCAGGUUAAGACGGAGACUUCAGACGAGGAUCAGAUGUUGACUGACCAAAUGUCCGACAAGAAGCAAUCUUCAAACCACAACGAACCCGGAACCUACACUGACGGAAACAUCACCUACCCAGAUCUGCCAGUUUUGAUUAACACAUUUGUAGCCAACACUGGAAUCGACCUUCCCCCCAGCCCCACCGAGUCAGAGUGGAACAGGACCUUCCAACUUUCCAUGUCACAAGUGGAGGAUGUCCGCGAACCUAUCCCAGCUCCGGAUACACUGCCGCCAGAACUACUUCGUCAAGCCCUCAAUGAGAACAUGUUCCAUCAUGGCAGUGCUGGUGUUCAUCGGAUCGGCAAUUUGAAUCAGGCUGUUCAGUCUGCAGACGAGUACGCACGUGAUCUUCAUAUGGCCGACUCGGACCUGUAUGGUUCUUCUUCGAUGGGGGAUACAGGCGCUGGAGUGUCUUCUUCUUCAGGCCUAGAAACUCUCUCCCCAGCUACAGGCGUUACUACCCCCUCUUCCUUAGACAAGGACCCUAUUACCGGUGAUGAUUUUAUGGCUUUCUGCCAUCGAGACACACCCUCUUCCGCCGGUGGACGCUUGGGCUUCGUAUCUUCUCUGGCAGGCGGAGCGCGUCGGAUGAUAUCUGAUUCCUUUGGCGGCCCCGAGGAUGGUCCUGUAGAUUGGUUUGAUGAUCGUGGGUACCGGUUUGGUCAGAAGGGCGAUGGCGAGCAGAACGACUACAAGGGCAAGGGAAAGGCAGAGGAGAGUGAUGAGGGCGGGAAACCGAACCCCUUCAAGGGCCGGCCUUGGCUUAGGAAGUUGUGA